UGAUUUUCAAAUACAUGGCGGCGUAGGUUUGGUCGAGAAUUAGGACGGAUUUUCUCCUAAUUUAACUAAUUAGCGUCGCAAUAUAACAAAAGCAUUAUCCGUCGAUGUAGCAUUAAGCACUAGAGACAAUUAGGAGUGGUUGUUGAAGGUGUAAGCGGUGUGAAGAAUCAAGUUUAGAAGCGAAUACGUGACAAAAAAAUUGCGAAUUUUUGUGACAUCACCAUCUUUUGGAUCUCAAGCUGUGGCGUUUGUCACACAUUUAGAACAGUGUGGAGUCUUUGACGAAUGUUUCACAUUGCACAUAUUAACUUGUAGAUUCAUCAUCUGAUCACAUAUUUGGUGGCAUUGGAUCUGGACUUUAUAUUGUGCCCUCCUACCUACAGUUGAAAUGGAUCAAAAAUCUCAAACUGAGAUGCCACUGAAGACAUUAUCUUUUGCGAAUACAUUUACAUCCAAUGAUGCUCAUUCAAUGCUGUUUUCGCCAAUGUCAGAACUUGCGUUCAAUCUUGAAGAUCUCACAACAGGAAGUGGCGGAAGCUUCAGUACGACACCCAAGAAGCGACUGUCUCUGUCAGACUCUGGGAGCCCUACCCCCAUACGUGCUAAAUCUGGAGCUGUAAGACCAUGUAGCCUGAUCAGAAAACUCUCUGAGGAUAAAGGUUGUUUCCUGGACUCCCCCAGCCCUACAGAAGCUGUUGAUCUUGAGAAAAGGUUUGCUAACGAAAGCAAGAGAGUUGAUCGCAAAGUAAAUAGAAGGAUCCGAAGUGCAUUCCGUCGCUACAAGUCUAUGCCCGUACCUGACACUGCUCACAGUCCGACAUCACCAACCAUGGGUAUUCUUGCUGAUAACAGGAUCCCCGAUGCCCUCACUACAGAUCUCUCAAGCUCCGCAAGGUCUAAGCUGUCAAUGGGAAGCCCGUUAGGAAAGCCAUUGUUCUACAUUGAUGAUGAGAACUCCAACUCUCAAGAUAGCGGAAUGGGAUUUGACAAGGAUAAGGAUGACUUCAUGUUUGCCGCCCCUACAGCUCGCCCCAAGAGAUCCCUCAAGUUGAUCAGCGAAGACAGCUGCUCCCCAUUCAAAUAUUCCCCUGCCAAGGGCAAUGCUCAACUCCGUCCAAUCUCUGCCCCAGCUAGCUCAACAUUAUUCGAUAGCCCAGAAAAGGAAAAUGAAGUGAGGGGCUUCUCUCUGAGGAAAUCAUCUCUCGUAAGCAGCCCUAAUGAUGACGAUAAUGAUGAUGGCUUUCUUGAACUCUGGGAUGACAAUGAGGAUGCUGUACCCUCAGGACUUAGCAGCCUUCUUGGAGCUCCUAUUUCUAGGAAGCCAGACACGGGUAUCCCCACACUUUCAUUCAGCCCAGCAUGCGAUGAACAUGACACAGAUAACUCCGCCCCAAAAACCUCCAAAGUGAAGCUCUUCCGCUCACCGAGUGCACCCAGGCUGUUCCAACAAAAAUCACAGACAUUUGACAUCAGGUCUCGUUUCAAGCGUUCUGAACCCACAAGAGACUUCGCCUCUCCCAUUAUGAACAAACGACGCAAGAGCAUCAAGGACUGUGAGAGCAUUGAGCUAUUGGAUGAGUCACCAGCCAGAGCUAAGCUUCAGAGAUCUUUCUCCAUGGUUGAAACCACUUCACAAAACCACAUCAAAGAUGCCCUCUCCAAGAGCGCAGUGGAGCCAGAUCUGAUUGGAGACUGCAGUAAAACAUACUGUCUACCCACUAUCAAAGGACGCCACCAGGACCUCAAAUCCAUCACUGCUGAAACCAUGUCAAAGCUGCUUAAUAAUGAAUACUCUCAUGUCGUCGAGAAGUUCAUGAUCAUUGACUGCCGCUACCCUUAUGAAUACGAAGGAGGCCAUAUAAAGGAUGCCAAGAAUUUGUACACAAAGGACAAGAUCAUUGAAGAGUUUUUAAAAGAUGGCACUCUACUCAACCAACAGACGCCAGUUGAGUCAUCCAGUGAAGACGAUAAACGAAACAUCAUCAUCUUCCACUGCGAGUUCUCAUCGGAGAGAGGCCCAAAAUUGAUGAGGUUUCUUCGCAACAAGGACCGUGAGGCUCAUAAAGAUAUCUACCCCGCCCUCAAGUUCCCAGAAGUCUACCUCCUUCAUUUGGGAUACAAGGAAUUCUUUGAAAAUCACGAUGACCAGUGUGAGCCCCAGACUUACAAGCCUAUGUUACAUGAAAAUCAUUCACAAGACUUGAAGCACUUCAGAGCUAAAUCAAAGUCAUGGGCCGGAGCAGAGAAACAGAGAGGCGCUUUCAGGCCAGGCUUGAAAUUUUAAAAUAUGAUGUGCGUCCCAGAUUGAAUUAUUUAUUGACGUUUUAUUAUGCAUGAACUGGAUGAUAUUGACGAUAUUCAUUAUCGUAUAUCGUGAUUUAAAUUUGAGAACAUGACAUGUUAUUGGAGCCAAAGAUAACUAAUUGUCGCAGUGUGCGGAAAUAUACAAACUUCACUAUUUGGAGCCAAAAUUGCUGACUGACAGACUGUCGGAAGACUUAAUAUGAACUUGCAAGAAAGUGUGUAAUAUCACGAUUUGGAGCCAAAGAUAACUAACACAACUGCAAGAUAAAGAUGUUUGAAAAGUACAAAAUGAUUCAUUUAUUUGGAGCCAAGGCUGAGUAAAUCAAACAUCUAUUGAGUUUGCAUUUGAAAUUACUUUUACAUAGAGUAUUGUAAUUGUAGUCUUGUAGCAUUUUGAUUUACUCAGCCCAGAUUUGACCCUUCCAUUGUAGUUUAUACAUCACUAUAGCAAGUAAUUGAACAGGGGUGUGUAAUGUAAAAUGUCUUGUGUAUUAUAUACACUGUACUCAAAUGAGUCUCAAUUCAAUUAUACAUUAACUUAAGUUUGGAAACAUUCUAUUAAUUUUAUAAUCAAAUUUACUAUUAAUUUAGUUGAAAAAUGAUGAUUUGUUCUAAACAAUGCCAGCGUUUGCUAACAAUAAUUGAAUAGAUAUGCAUGUAAUAUUUAGUACAACAGCUCAAAGUGAUACUCAAUUUAGUGAUCUCAUCACGACAAAGUCGCAAAGUCAGUCUCAAAAAGUGAUCUAUUGAUGAUCAGUCUCGAAAAGUAAUCU